AUGUCUUUUCCCGAACCUCCGGGAGGUAGCCCGGUCUACGAGCAACCGAACACGUACCGGAACUCACCCUCCCGACGGCCCCGGCCCCGGCCCAACGACAUCGAAAGUGGCCUUCAUCCUGUCCCCAGAGCUGGGCAUCAACGUGGGAUAUCCGCCUCCUCACUUGCCCAGACUAUUUCCAACCCUAAUGCCGUUGCAGAGACUGCCCCUCUGUCACCCGCGCGUGCUGUCGCAAGCCCUUCGCCACAUAGUCCAGAUCACUCCUUUAAUCGCAAGAGAAGUCUCAUCCGUCCGGAGCGGAACAGAAUCGGAAAAGACCACAGGAACUAUCACUAUCUCAAGCAUGCCGCCAACAUGGACACCAUGCCCUCCUCCACGGGCAAUGAUCCCCUCAUGGAAGGUUUCGAGGCAUCCACAGAGCAAUCAGGCGAUUCUCAAGCCAACGGCAGCUUCUCCGAAAGCGGUCUCUCGGGAGGCGUUCAGAGUCGGCAGACGAGCGGCGACCACGAAAAGUCCCGCGUUCGCGCCAGGCCGCGGCCGCAACCGCAUCGCAGCAAAUCCAGCAAAAUCACAAAGUCUGGCAGGAGAGAAAAGUCGCGCAAGAAGAAGCCCGACAUUCCCGAGCAGAUACGACCCCCGAGCGCCUGGAACGUCUACUGCGCCAUUGUCACCUUCUGGUGCCCCGACUUCAUCUUGAAGUGCUGCAGCAAACCCACAAAGGCUCAGCGCCGGGCCUGGCGCGAAAAGAUGGGCCUCAUCAGCAUCAUCCUCGUCAUCAUGGCCAUUGUCGGUUUCCUCACUUUUGGUUUCACCGCUACCGUGUGUAGCAGCCCGCCAGAGAGGUUGAGAAUCAACAGGGUGACGGGUGGCUACAUGAUUUUUCACGGCGUCGCGUACGACUUGUCGAAUUCCCACCAUCCUCCUGCUGAAGGCAUUCCGCUUCGGCAGGACCGAAAAGGUGCCAACGUUUUGUACGAUCUUCCCGAAAAGCACGCCGGCCAGGAUGGCAGUUUUCUUUUCCAAAACGUCAACGGCCACUGCAAGGGCCUCAUCACCAGGACGCAGGACUCUGACAUUCCGACAAACUCGAAUUCCGACCUCGCUUGGUACUUCCCCUGCACCACGCUCAACCAAGAUGGCUCCAGCAAACCCAACUUUACCAACCCGUACUAUCUCGGCUACGCUUGCCAUACCUCUUCCAACGCUCGAGAUGCUUUCUACCUGGGCCUUAGGGGAACUGCUGACGUGUACUUUACGUGGAGAGACAUUCGCAACGUCUCUCGUAAUCUCGUUGUAUAUUCUGGCAGCGUUCUCGACCUCGACCUGCUCAACUGGUUCAACGAGACCGAGGUCGUCGUUCCCGAUCGGUUCAAGGUGCUGAGAGACACGAACAGUGCGGUCAACAGGGCCAUCCGCGGCCGCGACGUCACGCGCAUGUUCCAGUCGUCGGGCGACAAGCAGGUGGCCCAAUGUCUCGAGGAGAUUACGCGCGUUGGCUUCGUCGACACCGAGACUGUCGGGUGCAUCGCCUCCAAGGUCGUCUUGUACUGCGCUCUUAUCCUGAUCUUGUCCGUUGUCGGCACGCGGUUUGUUCUGGCACUGAUCUUCCAGUGGUUCAUCUGCCGCAAGUACGCCGCCGACAAGACGUCGCAAACGUCGGAUCGAAGGAAGCGUGCCAAGCAGAUCGAAGACUGGUCUCAAGACAUUUAUCGCGCUCCUCCUCGACUGCCGGGCGACGUGGGCAGCUCCGCCAUGGGGUCCGACAGAACAAGCAAGCGAGGGUCGUCAUUUCUGCCCACCACCUCCCGCUUCUCGGCCGUCUACGGAGCCGAUUCCCGUCCCGGAGGCGGCCGACCCAAGCCCACGACCAUGUCGAGCCAAGGACCCGGUAGCUCUCUGCUCAACCCGAACCCCAUGUACAGACAGGCCAACGAGAGCCGCGCCAGCUUCUUGCGCUCCGAUCCCUACUCCAGCCCCGCAAGCCCCUCGGACGGGCCCGGUCCUGCUGGCUUCAUACACGACGCCGUCGUGCCGCAGCCGCCGUCGGACUGGAUGCCCUUUGGGUUCCCGCUGGCGCAUACGAUGUGCCUGGUGACGGCUUACUCGGAAGGCGAGGAAGGCAUCCGCACAACGCUCGACUCCAUCGCCACGACCGACUACCCCCACAGCCACAAGGCCAUCGUCAUGAUCUGCGACGGCAUCAUCAAGGGCAAGGGCGAGGCUGUCUCGACUCCCGACGUUUGCCUGGGCAUGAUGAGGGACCACACGGUUCCGCCGGAACUGGUGGAGCCGUUUUCCUACGUGGCCGUCGCCAGCGGCUCCAAGCGCCACAACAUGGCCAAGGUCUACUGCGGGUUCUACGACUACGGCACCAAGAGCCGCAUCCCCGCGGAGCGGCAGCAGCGGGUGCCCAUGAUGCUCAUUGUCAAGUGCGGGACCCCGGACGAGGCGGACCAGGGCAAGCCCGGCAAUCGCGGAAAGCGCGACAGCCAGAUCAUUCUCAUGUCCUUUUUGCAAAAGGUCAUGUUUGACGAGCGGAUGACGGAGCUCGAGUAUGAAAUGUUCAACGGACUCUGGAAGGUGACGGGCAUCUCGCCGGACUACUACGAGAUCGUGCUCAUGGUGGACGCGGACACCAAGGUGUUCCCGGACAGCCUGACGCACAUGGUCUCGGCCAUGGUCAAGGACCCGGAAAUCAUGGGCUUGUGCGGCGAGACCAAGAUUGCCAACAAGCGGGAGAGCUGGGUGACUGCCAUCCAGGUGUUUGAGUACUUCAUCUCGCACCACCUUGCCAAGUCGUUCGAGUCGGUGUUUGGCGGCGUGACGUGCCUGCCCGGCUGCUUCUGCAUGUACCGCAUCAAGGCGCCCAAGGGUGGCCAGAACUACUGGGUGCCCAUCCUGGCGAACCCGGACGUGGUGGAGCACUACUCGGAGAACGUGGUGGAGACGCUGCACGAGAAGAACCUGUACCUGCUCGGCGAGGAUCGAUACCUGACGACGCUCAUGCUGCGGACGUUUCCCAAGCGGAAGCAGGUGUUUGUCCCGCAGGCCGUGUGCAAAACCACGGUACCCGCCAAGUUUAUGGUUCUGCUCUCCCAGCGACGUCGGUGGAUCAACUCGACCAUCCACAACCUGAUGGAGCUGGUUCUGGUUCGAGAUUUGUGCGGGACGUUUUGCUUUAGCAUGCAGUUUGUCGUGUUUGUCGAACUGGUGGGCACACUGGUUCUUCCGGCUGCCAUUGCCUUUACCUUUUACGUCGUCAUCACUUCCAUCAUCAACUCACCGCCGCAAAUCAUCCCUCUUGUUCUGCUCGCCCUCAUUCUGGGUCUCCCGGGUCUCCUCAUCCUGAUCACGGCCCACUCGUGGUCUUACGUGGUCUGGAUGUUGAUCUACCUGGUGUCCCUUCCCAUCUGGAACUUUGUUCUCCCGACAUAUGCCUUUUGGAAGUUUGACGACUUUUCCUGGGGCGACACGCGUAAGACGGCGGGCGACAAGGUGAAGAAGGCAGGUAUUGAGUAUCAAGGCGAAUUCGACAGCAGCAAGAUCACCAUGAAGCGAUGGGCCGAGUUUGAGCGUGAAAAGCGAGCCAGGUUUGCGAAUCAGGGCCAGGUCCAGGGUGCAAGAGACAAUGUCGCCGGGGGACCGGGCAGUUGGGCAUCGCCUUUGAACCAGCUCCCUCAGGACAGCUACUACUCUGACGCCUGA